CCCUGCGUGCCCGGGGGGGCUGGGCCGGCACAUCCCACCUGUCUCUGGGAUCGAGGGCUCCGGAGCAGCCCCCGCAGCUUGAAGAGCUUCACGGGUGUGAUGAACCGGCCGUUCUCUGCGCGGGGUCCCAGCGGCUCCAGCCGCCCCUGACGGCCACCACGAUGCCCCUGUCUCAGAGCAGGGCUGGGCAGACACCGUGCAGCAGCAAAGUGUGCAGGAACCUCUUCGGCCCCGUGGACCAUCAGCAGCUCCAGAAUGACCUGGAGGACUUGUUGAGGCAGCACCUGGAGGAAGCUCAGCAGCGCUGGAACUUCGACUUUGAGACGGAGACUCCCCUGGAAGGACCCUUCACGUGGGAGAGGGUCUUCCUGGCUGAGCAGCCAGCCCAGGAGGUCCACAGCCUGGUCAGGGCCAGUGCCAGUGAGAACAGGAGCUCCUUGGUCCACAAGGUCCCCUCCAUGGACCAUCUUGACAGGAUUUGCCCCGAGGGGUCUCGGCAGAGCUCAGAUGUUUACAGGGCUGGUUCUCCCCAGGGCUUGAAACGUGGGCAGACCACCCUCAAAGACUUCUACAGCUCCAAGAGGAGGAUUGUCCAUGACAAGCUCAAGCCUGACAAGCCCAAGCCAUGAUGUGGCUCAGCUCCUCUGCCAUGGGGACAGCUGCUGGUGUCCCCUGGGGGUGUCUGUGGCCCUUUCCCCCACCCUGUACUGUGUAAGCUGCCUGUAUGAAGCAAAAUAGUCUGUAGUUCCCUAUUUAUGAGUAGCUCCCAGGUCCUGAGGGACCUUCAUGGUGUGCAAUGUGUAGGAGUAGCCCACGUUGAGGCUUCCAGCCCCACGGAGGGGAAGGAGGAGAACUGAGGUGGGACUAAGGUUUUGCUCUGCCUGCAGAGAAGUGUCCUCUGCCCUGUGCUGGUGGGGCCAAGCAUCUGCAUCUUCCUUGCACCAUCCUGGUCCUUCUCCUGCCUGGCCACGGAGGACACUUGUGUCCCAGCCACCUGCUGGCACCAGAUAUCCCUAAGAAAGGGUCACCAACAUGGAUUGUAGAGCCCGGUUGCUGGCACACGGUGGUGGUGGCUCUUGUCCCAGCAGUGGCAUCAUCUUCAUCCACGCCUGGAAGCAGAGGGUCCCAGGGGCUGGGAAAGGAAGCUGCUGCUGGGACAGCCCUUCCUUGGGGUGACUCGCUGGUGCCACCCCCCCUGCACAGGCUGCAGAUGGGGACAAACCCACUGCAGAUCCCCAGCACCGAGCUCCUUGUGGGACCAACGCUGCCUGGGAGGCUUGGGGACCCUGCUGCCCCCCAACCCCACCUUCUCACCUCCUUGUUGGCUUGUUGGGUGGUGGUUGCCCCCAGAUUUUCGUCUCCUUCAACACCAACUCCAGGCUGGGGACCUGCCUGUUCUUGGCCACGUUGGGCUGCCCUGGGAAGGAAGGAGUCCUGCUGCCCAGCAAGGAUGACACUGAAGGAUGAGAUGGUAGCUUUUUUUCCUGGACUUCUUGUUUUUUUUUUUUCCUUUGGGGCUGGGAGGAGAGGGGAGGACCCUCAACUGGCUCUGCAGAACCAGGGGCUUUGGGUCAACUCUGGGACAGAGGGAUGUCCUGGAGUGCAGGCUCCUUGGUCCCAGCACUGAAGGAUGAGUCCCUGCUCUCCAGGGAUGUGACUCUGUCUGAUCUCAGCACUUUCAUGGGGUUCAUCUGCUGCUCUGCUGGAUUUGGAAUCUGGAAACUGGUGCAAGAUGGUCCUGGGCAGAAAAGGGAUGGGGUCAACCUCCCACCUUGCACCACGAAGCACUUUGCUGUCAGUGAAGCUGGCAGAGUUCCCAGCACUAAAUGUUUAUUUAUAAAAGAGAUAAUAAUGCUAUUAAAUGUAGGGGGAGGGGAGGAGGAAAUUCCUGUUUGUCCUUAAGUGUUAAUUCUGAAUAAACCCUUGUCUGGUGGAA